AUGUCUCCAACAAUACCAGACGACUCAGAGACCCCAGAGCCCUUGCAUCCCCAGCACCGAUCCAUGGCCGAGACCCAAGAGAGCCUCCGCAACCGGGGCAUCGCAGAAACCCCUCAACCGUUGGAUUACAAUUACCCAGCAAUUGGACACGACACGGACCCUGUGUUCCCUGAAGAAUACACCGUUGAAACCAGUACCGGUCUUGUUCCCCAAGCAACCUUGGAGCAGAUUCGAUCUCAUGGCUCUGUUCCAUCCACGAAAGUCGGCACACCAGCAAAUGAGGUCGACACAGACAUUGAAAAGGGAGGAAAGGGCUCCACGGAGUUUGUAACAUUCACCAUCAAUGAUCCGGAACACCCUUACAACUGGUCUCGCAUUUAUCGCUGGUAUAUCACUAUGGUGGCUUCCGCAGUUGUGGUAUGUGUCGCAUUUGGGUCCUCCAUUGUCACCGGAGGAUUGGGUUUGAUUGAACAUAAAUACAAUGUCUCUCUCGAAGUUGCAAUCCUGACAUGUUCAAUCAUGGUCUGUGGAUUCGCAGUUGGUCCUCUACUCUGGUCUCCCCUCUCCGAGAUCAUCGGCCGAAGACCUGUAUACAUCAUCUCUCUCACUUUAUAUACCAUCUUCAACAUUCCAUGCGCUCUCUCCCCAAACAUCGGUGGCUUGCUUGUAUGCCGAUUCCUCUGCGGUGUCUUCUCCAGUUCGGGCCUUUCUCUCGCUGGCGGCACCAUCGCCGAUAUCUGGAGCAUCGAAGAGCGUGGUAUGGCUAUCGCUUACUUUGCUGCUGCACCUUACUGUGGCCCUGUGCUUGGUCCCAUCGUGACCGGUUGGAUCAACAUCGGAACUGGCCGCCUCGAACUUUUCUUUUGGGUGAACCUAGCCUUCGCCGGUGCCAUCACGAUCCUGAUCGGCCUUGUCCCAGAGACAUAUGCUCCAGUGAUUCUUAAGCGCCGCGCCGCAAGACUCCGCAAAGAAACUGGAAACCCAAACAUCAUCACCGAGCAAGAAAAGACGAAGCUCACAUUCAGCGAAAUCGCUCGCACAAGUCUGAUCCGACCCAUCACUAUGAUCAUGACCGAGCCCGUUCUUGACCUAAUGUGCAUGUAUAUCGUGCUGAUCUACGCAAUGCUCUACGCCUUCUUCUUCGCAUACCCAGUGAUCUUCCCCAAGCUUUAUGGCUACAACGACGGCCAGGUCGGACUCAUGUUCAUUCCCAUUCUGAUCGGUGCCGGCUUCGCUCUGGUUGUCACUCCCACCAUUGAGGGCAAGUUCAAGAAGAUCUGCAGUAUGCGAUCUCCAACACCAGAAGAUCGACUCUACGCGGCCCUGCUUGGGGCACCUUUAAUCCCGAUUGCCUUCUUCAUCUUGGGCGCUACCUCCUACAAACAUAUCAUCUGGGUCGGACCUGCUUCGUCGGGUAUUGCCUUUGGCUUCGGCAUGGUGUUGUGCUACUAUUCAGUGAAUAAUUAUAUCAUUGAUUCGUACCAGAAGUACGCUGCGUCGGCUUUGGCGGCCAAAGUCUUCCUGCGCUCUGGUGGUGGUGCAGCUUUCCCACUGUUCACCACGCAGAUGUAUGAUCGUCUUGGUUUGCAGUGGGCUUCUUGGCUGCUUGCUUUCAUUGGUGUUGGUAUGGUUUUCAUCCCGUAUAUCUUCUACUUCUUUGGGGCAGCACUGCGUGCAAGACUUACUCGGGGCUAG